UCCAGGCAACAGUCAGUCAGUGAGAUGUGUCAAUCACAGCGGAGCGCGGUGGCCCUCUCACGGAUCCGGUGCACAUUUCUCCGGUUAGAGUGAACGACAUGUGAACACAGCGUGUGUGUGAGUGCUGAAGAACAGAACCGGACCCUCCGGUACCGACUGAACCGAACUCAAUCACACGGCGGAUCCGCGCGCGAACGCGAGUUAUCUGAGGGAAUUUUACGGCGCACAGUGAGGAGAUUUCGUUUGACUUUUUUAUGUUUUUUUUUUUUUUGUUUUUGCUUUUUAUGUCAAGUUAUUUAAAUGUUCAGUACGUUUUCAUUCAUGAGUUCGGUUUUAAAUUACAGUUGUUUUCCGACCAACAAACUGUGGAGAAAAUUGUAUUCACUUUGAACUCAAAAAACACGAGCACUUUCCCUCAGAAAAAUGCUGAAAUUUCACAAUUCCGAUCUGUGGAUUGCUUGGCUGGUCUUCUGUGUGGAUGUGUGUGUGCUAGCGCUGGAAGUGACGGUGAGCCAGAGCAGCGUCCAGGUGGCGAGAGGUCAGGCGGCCAUCUUGCCCUGUACGUUCACCACGAGCGCCGCACUCAAUAAUCUUUACAUCAUCUGGAUGGUCACGCCGCUCGCCAAUGCCAACCAACCAGAGCAGGUGAUCAUCUAUCAGGGUGGGCAGGUGUUCAGUUUAGCCAAUCACAUGAAUGGGCGAGUGGGUUUCGUGUCCACUAUGCCCAGCACAAGUGCCUCAAUCUUCAUCAAUAACACACAGCUGUCCGACACAGGGACGUACCAGUGCCUGGUCAAUAACCUCCCCGACCGCGGAGGGCGCAAUAUAGGAGUCAUCGGCCUCACUGUGCUUGUUCCUCCGUCCAUACCGUCCUGUCGUAUUCAGGGUGCUCUGGACGUGGGCAGUGAUGUGAUGCUGCUGUGUGGGUCAGAUGAGGGAAUCCCCACGCCCACCUACUCAUGGGAAAAACUGGAGUCAGUGCCCAAACUGCCCCACAAUGCCAUGCAAGAUCAGAUGCAGGGUACGGUGACACUGAGAAACAUCAGCACCAGCACAUCUGGUCUGUAUCAGUGCACCGCGUCAAACGCCAUCGGAAAGAGCACCUGCGUACUAAACCUGCAGGUCGUAGCACCUCAGCCUCAGAGUGUUGGUCUGAUCGCCGGCACGAUCGUCACUGGUAUUCUAGCGCUGGUUAUCUGCUCUCUGCUGGGGGUGGUGUCGCUCUUCUACUGGAGGAACAAAAACAAAUAUGAUGAAGAUGAAAUUCCCAACGAGAUCAGGGAGGAUGAUCUUCCUCCAAAGAGAUCUUCAUCAGUAAAGGCUUUUCACGCCGACGCCUCCUCCUCAGAGAACGACACGCUGACGUCCACCAACACCUACAACAGUCGUUACUGGCAAAACCCCAAACCCAACUACGACACCAACUCCUACACACGAUACAACGGCGACACGCGACAGACCUUCACGGGUGGACCCAACAGCGCGGGAAACGCCCCUUCACGCCCUGCCUACACCAAUGGCAGCCACACACUGCCUCCACCCAAAACUCUGGUGGUCACCACCAACUCCGCCCCCUCCCCGCCCAUCAUGACACGCAAUAAUGGCUCGUUGAGUCUGCGCCCAACCGUCGCCACGACGCCGGCAGCAACACACGGGCAACAACACACGCACUCGUAUGCUGUGAGCCAAGCCACGCUAGAGCGCAUGGGCGCCGUGCCCGUCAUGGUGCCCGCCCAGGGCAGAGCGGGCUCACUCGUCUGAUAGAAACAAACAUGCAUGGACGAAAUAAAACUGUUUUAUAUUUGAGUUCAGCUGAUGCCAACUAAAACUGGUCCACAACACCAUUAACAUCCCUUUGCGCCCUUGUUUUUUAUAUUGCCUGUUUGCUGCUUAGUUUCUUUGUUUUGUUUUUUUUAAGGCUUGACGAUUAACUGGGUUUGCUGCAGGCAGAAAAGGGCCCUCAAGAGACAAACUAAUUAAAAAUGUAAAAAAGUUCUCAACAUUGGAAAAAAAAUUUAAAAGUACAAAUAUCUAGACAUCCUUAAAACAAGAUACAUUUACAUUUAUAAGAUAACGAGACUUAUUUACACAGAAUAUACAGUGGUGUGAAAAAGUGUUUGCCCCCUUCCUGAUUUCUUAUUUUUUUGCAUGU